AUGGAAUUCGAGGCGGAUCGGAAUCUGUCAAAAAUUCUAUUUCUUCUCCGUCUUUGCGCGGCGCGAGUGCUCGAUGUUUUGAUGGCAUUAAAGGCCACAGAAUGGGAGACUCAUUUAAUGAACGCUCGACGUGGAGAGGCUUGGAUCGGUGGAAAUCGGCAGAAAAUUUAUUCUUGUUGCUUGACUUUAUUUAUGACAGAUACAAAGAUUGAAUUUGAUGCUGUAGUGUUCGGUCUAGUGGCGCAAGCUUUACAAGUAAAAACUUAA